AUGGCGGAACCCGGCUUUUCCCGGUUUCCGGGUCACCACCUGGAUCCCGCCGCUCAAGAAUUCUUCCCGACGGCGACCGUAAUUUACUACCCCUACCCUCCUCCUCCGCCGGGGUAUCCGCGGCCGCAGUUUCCCCCACCUUCCCCGCCGGUCUCCCUGCCUCCGCCGUCGCCGGCUCCGUCCCGGACGCUGCUCCUGAGCAUGGUGCCGGCUUCAGUGAGCGAGUCGGCGGUCCGCCGCGAGCUGGAGGUGUUCGGCGACGUGCGGGCGGUGCAGAUGGAGCGGCGGCGCGAGGGUUUGGUGACGGUCCAUUUCUACGACGUGAGGGACGCGCAAUCGGCGCUGGCCGCCGUCCAGGAGCAGCACAUGCAGCAGCAGUACCGACUGGGACGCCACUACGAGGCCGUCUUUCAGAAUCCCAUGGCGGCGCCGCCGCCACUGCCGCCGCCGUCGGCGCGUGGGCUCAUCCAGGGACGGGUGGUUUGGGCCCAGUUCACUGCCCCGGUCACUUCCCUUUUGCCCGAUGGAAAUAAUCAGGGAACCCUUGUUAUUUUCAAUCUGGAACCCCAUUUGCCUGCUGCUUACCUCACACGCGUUUUUGAAGUUUUUGGUAUGAUUCUCCUUUCACUUUUCUUCUCUUUCAUUUUUUCUGCUUUCUGA